CCGGACUGCGCGGAGCCCAGCGCCUUAAAACCCAUCACGAGUCGCGUUUAAAGGGACCCGAAGCCGUGCGUCCGCCUCGCCGUGCUUUUGCAGAAAAUGGCGUCCCCCGUUUGCUCCUCUGCUCUUCCCGCAGAAAGGAAGGGGUAAUCGCCCUGAUUUUGAAGCUGUGCCGGACCUCCUCUGGCUAUCACGCUGAGAUGGAAAGGAAAGGCAAGAUUGUCCUGACCAGAGACGGCUCCUGUCAGACAGAGCCUUCCCACCCUGACCUCUGCCAGCCGGGUCCUGCCGUCCCCAGUGCAACACCUCAAACACCAGUACGCACCCUGGGGCCUGGAGAGCUCUCCUCAGUGCAGAAGCAGACCUUCACGUCCUUGUCUGGCAUCGAGCAGAUAAUCGAGUGCUUCCGCUCUGGUACUGCAGAGCUCAUGCACACGCUUCUGAGAGAGGUGGACACCAUAUUUGAGUGCAAACUGUGUCGCAGCUUGUUUCGUGGCCUGCCCAACCUCGUCAGGCACAAGGAGUUCUACUGCUUCUCCAGGUCGGACGAGGCUGGCGUCACAUCCCCAGGUGAUCAGAACCAGCCAAUGAUGGACCUGCUGAAGGACAGGCCAGGCAGUGCGGUCAAGCAGGGUCACAAGAGUACCCAGAAUACUUUUUCUAGUGAGGAGAACCAGACCCAGCUCAGAGAGCAGGAAACUGCCAACCAUGACCAUGAGAAUCUUAAGGAGCACCUAACUGACGUGACUGUUGAGAAGGAGAUCAAGACUGAUGACUCAAACAGGCCAGUGAAGGUCAAAUUCGGCAAACAAGAGGUAGAAUGGAUGAAGGCAAAGAGAGAUGAGGAGAGAGCCAAGCAAGCAGAUGCCUUGAGCAUCUCCUGUAGCUUGUGUGGGAAAGAUUUCAGCUCGCUCUGCCGAUUGCGUCAACAUUGCCUCAGGAUCCACAAGGACAACCCUGAUGACCUCCGGAGGCUCAGAGGGAAGCUCCCUCUGCCUGUCGGUCUUCAGUCUGGGGGGCGAGGCCGGUCGCAGUGCCCCCCAGGCACUCCCAGACACAGCUGUGGCGUGUGUGGGAAGCCCUUUGUCUCCAAAGCUACUAUGCAGCGACAUCUUGACAGUGAGCACCGUGCUCAGUACCAGGGUUCUACUGCUAUGGGCAAACCCGGAGGUGGAAAAUCCUCACCACCACCUCCUCAGCAUAAGAUGAUGACAAGACACAAGUAUGUCUUUCGCACGACUCGGCCCAGUCGGAAGGGUGCUAUGAAGAAGCACAGCGUCAGAACCAAGAUCGAGCCCGCGGGUAAGGUGGGUGGGAAGACCAAGGCCUCGCAGGAUGCCCAAAGCCUCAGGCUGAGCAGCCCCAAACUCCAGAUUGGGUUUGACCUAAAGCAGCACUACUGUCGAAUUUGCAAGAGGCAGUUCACCUCUGGCAAGAACCUGAGGAAGCACAUUGACCGACAUGUAGAGGGCAACGAGAUCUUCGUCAAGUUCUUCCGUUGCCCCCUCUGCAUCUACGAGUCGCGCCGCACAUCGGACCUCAUCCGACACAUGAAGGUGGUACACAAAAAGCUGCCAAGCUACCUAGAUAAGGUCAUGCCCAAGGUGGUGAGCCAGGCUAUCAAGAAGCCGGUGGAGAUGGUUCUCGAUGGGCAGACCACACAGUGGGAGACCACAAAGGCCAGCCGUCGUGGUCAUGGUGGGUCUGCCUGGUCCCCUGCUCCCUACAGGGACACCUCUGCCAUCAGGUCUUCCACCACCAUUGAGGGAGGCACUGAGAAGAAAGCCAAGAAGAAGAUCCCCCUUCACACUUGUGAUGCGUGUGGGCGGGCCUUCAGCAGAAAGGUGAACCUGGAGGUCCACUGCAGGAGCCAUGUGACGGCCAGGACCUCGCGCUCACUGCAGAGCCAGAGGGCUCCAAGCACACGAUCCAAAAUGCAGUGCCCCCAGUGGAUGCCUGCAGCCUCUUAAUCACAGGAACAAAUGUAACUGAAGGGAAAACAGCACGCAGCAGACAUUUGAGAAGGAGUGGCAGCUGGAGCGAGAGGGAGGAAGAUGGUGUUUGUGUUUGCAUACCAACCGCACAGUCGAUUUUGGGGGCAUAAAGGACCGGCACUCAUAACCCCCCCCCCUCCUUCAUUACAUGUCCCGUUCCUUAGUGAGAUCUUUACUGCUGCCUAGUUGUCAUGAAAUCUUGUGAAUGUUGCAGUUGGGGGUUUAAAAUGUUUCCUUCUAGAAGGUUCCUCUCCCAGGUCACAACGCUGAUUACAGUGUACGCCCAAAAGGGAGUAUUGAAGAAUACAACAACACAGGAGAGCGUUUGAAACCGGGGCAGAGAAGGAAUUCAGAUACAAAGGUCUGUUUAUUGGGAUGAAUGAGAUGCACGUCCCUCUUGGUCCCUGCAGCCCCGGAUCAGUGAACGUGAGGGUAAAUGGUCCAGGACACCACUGGUCCAUCAGCGUUUCAUGUAUUUCCGGUCAAAAACACCGUCGAGGCUCUAGGUCACCUGCUUGGGUCACAUGGUCACAUCCCAACUCCGCUGUUUCAUAUGUGACCUAUGUUCCUGUUUCACCAUCUUAUUUCAGAAUUUUAAAAAAUGAAUAGUUCACCCAGCUUCUUACUAGUUUAAUAAACACGAGUUGGGAUUCUUCCUUUUGUAAGACGUAUGGUUCCGUUAUGUGUGACUUAACACUUUGGUACCGUUUUAAUAGUCAGAUGGAAGGUGGUGCUCAGGACUUCCACAGCUCGGCACAGGAACUUGCCAAACAGUAUCACCUUCUGGAAAGUGAGAAACUCCUCGUAGUUUGGGCCCUUGCCACUGAGGAGAGCCUUGUGUGCAUCAGGGAAGCUAAAAGUUCCUACAGAGGUUCCAGUCGGCACAUGGGCAAAGGCACUGAAUCAAACGGGAAAUGGUGAACCUGCCUUACCAAGACCAUGUGGACAGAGACACCACAACGGAUGAAAGUCUUUCGGACGCCCAGCAGCUGAUGUCACCUAGAGUACUGAGUUUGCAAAGAAGUGAUAAGUACUGGGAGAUGCGUAGUACGGGACAAGAAUGCUGGAUGCAGUACGGAUGGAAACGGGGCACUCGCGAGACGACAUUGUAGUUGUACUUCAUGGGACUGGAUUUGGACACUUAAGUUCAGUGAUUUACACAGGAAAUGGACAGUGAAGAAACUGGCAUAGAUGGGAAGGACGUCAAACAGACUGUAAAUGGACGUAAUCCUGUGAAUGACUGGUGCCCAUUUUGUGGGUCUCCCGGUAUGACGGCUUUUACCGCGGUAACUGAGGUGCAUGAAGCAGAAAGCAAAGUUUUGUGGCAACGUUCAGGUUGAAACACGCAGGAUGUGCAAACAUUAUAUUCCUCGCGAUUAGAGACGGCUGUUAACGCAGAAAUGCACAGUUUGGGAAACAAAGCUGGUAAGAAAUUGUGAUCAGCUUGUGAAAAACCAAGUUCCACCUGAUUGCCGAGACGUUCUUCAAGCAACCAGAACUUGGUCUUUUACACCCAGACGUCAGCGGGGGCAGUCACAAAUCAGGCAGACGACAUGCUUAGUGCCCAACCAUGGGGAAGUCAGUUGAAGUAGAUAUGGCCUGUGGUAGAUUGUGGGGCAGAUUGUGGUCGUCUGUGGCCAAGCUGCAAGUGAAACUGUAAAGUGACGACAAGGUCAUCCGACUUCAGGAAAUUAUGUGAGGAACAUACCCACUGCCUUUGAGUUGCCGGAUGCAUUUCAAAGGGAACCGACAGAAGUGUGGAUGGAAUUCAAAGUCAUCUAAGAGGAAUAAGAAGGAAAAUUGGUAAAAAUGAAAGAGACAAAGAAAUGAAAGUGGAAGCCCUAGAAAGCAUAGUGAAAGUGGCAAAAAAAAAGAAUCAGAAAAGGCAAAUCGUGAGUGAUUUAAGAUAAAAUAUCAACCUUUGAUAUAUACUGAUGACGUCACACUCAUAGGACAAAAUGUAGGAGUUCUGCAGAUACUUAUAAGGAAGCAACGAAGUGAGAAGUUUGGGUUAUGGCUAAAUGGGAGGACAACGAGGUCAAAUGACUGUAGUUUUGAAGGCUUGGAGGUCUUCAGGGAACAAUCAUCAACAACAAAGGAUGCGGCAAUCAGGAAACACGCUGGCAUUGCGGCGCAAUGAAAGAUCUAGAAACAAGUGAGAUUACGGAAUUGUCCGGACUACGGUAUUUCCCGUGACUCGUUAUAGAUGCGGGGCUGGCUCUCAGUCGUUGUACCACGGUUGCAAUAUCAAUCACCGAAGCCUAAUGUCACCCAGAGGACCGCGGCUUGCUUUGCCUACCGCGCAUCUAUCAUAAAUCAAUCAUUUACGCCCGUUUUCUCUUCUACGUGUUUGUUUGUGGUUGUUUUGGCUCAAUUAUUACUUAUUGCCAUGAUUAGGCCAUCUGUUUUUGCUGGGGCCAUGUCAGGGCUGUCCGUCAGGAACCGAAGCUAAUCCUUUACAAAGUAACGAAAAGGUCCGCGUGUUAGAAAAAGAACCAAUUCUGUGACAACUGAGAAAAUGUUCACCCCAAUCGUGAAAACCUUCAUUUGUAGGCUGUAUCUGAACUACUUGUAUCUAAAUUGCAGUGUAAUUUAAAUGAUAACAUGGUAUAACAAAUGCAUUCAAUACAAAAUAAGUAAUCGUGUUAAAGCAUUCGCCUAUUGCACAAUGAAUAAUUUACGUUGAUGGUGGUGCUGAUAUCUAUCUGCAAUGCCUAAAGCAGAUGUAAUCCAGGCAUAAUGAUUGGUGCUGAUUUCAUUUAUCUGAAUAGACUGUAGGCUGUAUAAAAUUUACGUCACGUCCAUGUCUUGCUGCCUUUCAAUCACUGCCAGGGUUAAAGAAAAUAGUUUCCAAACAACGAAGGGCGCAGUGACAUUUGGACGACUAAGUAAACCCGCUAUUUCAUAAGUGUAAAUACCCGUCCGUCAAUCGUACUGCAGUUUCGCUUUUUUGUGUUAGAAUGGGUGACAAGUUGUAAGCCUGUAACUGUUAAGGUGAGUGUCACGUGGAUCAGUCAUGUUCGCCUUAAAAAGUGCCUCAUUAAAAUAAUUAAUGUAUAGUCCUUCACAAGGAUAAUUUCACAAUAUAGCCUAUUACUGACGUUUAUUUACCGUUCAGUAUUUAUAAAUAAUGCAAUUGGCAGUGUUUAAACUGCGACAAAGUACAGUAAAUAAAUCGAUUUACUUUAUAAUUGUUUAUAUUUUAAUAUAACAAUAUGAAAUAAUCCUUUCAUGCUAUUGCGGUCGGGUCUAAAAGCCUAAUUGUAUAAAAGGCGUGAGAUAACUGGGGGUAAUGUGCGCACAGCAGGUCUUCACUGUGGAGUUAAAAUAAAAAUGUAUGUCUUCCCCGA